AUGGAAGUGAUUAGAAAGAGUACGAGAAAUUGUGGCGGUGGUAAAUUUAGUGAUCCAGAGGCGAUUCAGCUCCAUGCCAACGAUUUUUCGUGGGAGGAAAAGAUGGAAGAGCUGAGCGAUGAUGAACGAAAACUAGUGCAAAAUUAUCUUUAUAAUUGUGAACAAAAGUUACUGGAAUUGAAUAUGAAGAGCAUAACUGUACAUUUACCAACCCCCGCACGCAAAGCUGAUGCAUGGGAUUCACAUUAUCGGACAAACAAGCGUCACUUCCCACUAAAAAACUACAUUGUUCUUGCAUUUCCCUUGAUCAAGGAAAUGUGUUCUUCCUCAACCCAGUCAGAAUGCCUUUAUGUUCUUGAAUGCGGAUGCGGGACUGGAAGUACACUUUUGCCACUGAUGAGACAGUUUGGAGAAAACGUGCACUUUAUAGGUUUUGAUGUUUCUGAUAAUGCGGUAUCUGUCCUUUUGGACCAUCCUCUUUCUAAGGAGUUUAUUGAGGGUCAGCGUCUUACAGUUUUUACCCAUGACAUUUUAUGUGCGCGCGAAAGGCCUGUAGAUGGGCCGGAAAAAUCUCGUGUUCGAAAAGAAUCUGGAGGGUUAAAAAGUGUAAUAUUAAAAAGGGUGUCAGAUUGCACUCAUGGGGUUGAUUUGGUUCUUCUUGUGUUUGUUAUUUCCUCUUUGCCAUCGUUGGAAUCCAUGGUGUACGCUUUGAAGGAAAUUGCAGAAGUUCUUAAACCCAAUGGUUUUCUUCUCUUUCGUGACUACGCUGUUCCAGACCACAAUUUGUUCCGCUUUACAAGACAAGGCAAUGAAGUGGUUAAUGAUCUUGCUUUUCGUAAAGGAGAUGGCACUCUGCAAAUGUUUUUUGAAGCGAAUUUUAUAAGAAAAUUGUUUGCAUUGGCUGGGUUUAAAGAGGUCGAUGGACAUGGCCUACAGUAUCACUGUAACCGCAUAGUAAAUCGAAAGAACAGUAAAAAAAUGGAUAAAGUUUUUAUAAACGGUGCUUUUUGUCUCCCCCCAACAUGA